AUGGUACGUGGCAGGCCGGUGCAGCAGUACCAUCGGGAUGGACACCUCUGCUCUCUGGAAGAGCCGGGCGCUUGGCAACAGACACUUCUGCCAAGCACACGCGGGAGACGGACCGCCUAUACUUUCUCUCUCACUCGAGAAACUUUUUCUCCGGAACCGCGACUUCCAGAAACUGCCGCCGAUCGUUUAUCCGUAAGACGAGACGCGCGCUCUCGCCUCGGAGGCUCCAGGCCGAAGUCCGCGUCUGCGGUCGCGUUCACCCAGAAUGCAGCUCGCAAGGACACAGGCCGGCGCCCGGCCGCACUCACCGAAGCCGUUCCCAGCCCGUCCGGCUGGCCCCACAGCCCGCAGCCCAGCCUCCGCCCAGGUGAGGUGACGAUGGAUGCCAUCUUGGCCCGACUGAGACUCCUGAAGCCAGAUGACCUCAGAGAAGAGAUCGUGAAAGCCGGGCUGAAAUGUGGCCCCAUCACAUCAACCACGAGGUUCAUUUUUGAGAAAAAAUUGGCUCAGGCAUUAUUAGAGCAAAGAGCAGCACUGUCUUCCUCUCCUCCCACCUGGGAUGAGGCCGGUGCCACGGCUCUCAGCCAAGACGCACAGAAGACCUCGAAGUCUGCUGCGGGGGACCCGCCUGCACAGGCCAGCUGUGAAGACAGAGAUUUUGGUUACAGUGUGGGCUUGAAUCCUCCUGAGGAGGAUGCCACGACAUCUGGUACCUGUUCUGGGCCCUUUGCCACUACAGUGGUCAGGGCUGACAGCCUUAAAGCUGAAGUGAAGGCCUGUAAGGAGCCACCUCUGUACUACGGGGUGUGCCCAGUGUACGAGGACGUCCCGGCAAGACAUGAAAAGAUUCAUGUUUAUGAAGAUAAAAAGGAAGCAUUGCAAGCCGUCAAAAUGAUUAAAGGGUCCCGAUUUAAAGCUUUUUCAACCAGAGAAGAUGCCGAAAAAUUUGCUAGAGGAAUUUGUGAUUAUUUCCCUUCUCCAAGCAAAACCUCAACACCCCUUUCUCCUGUGAAGAUGACUCCAUUCUUCAGCAAUGGCGGACUGAAAGUGACAGAUGGCUUGUGUUUAUCUGAAUCGGAGACGGUAAACAAAGAACGAGCAAAUAGCUAUAAAAACCCCCGGACUCAGGACCUCACCGCCAAGCUGCGGAAAGCUGUGGAGAAGGGGGAAGGAGACACCUUCUGUGACCUUGUCUGGAGUAAUCCCCGAUAUCUGGUUGGGUCAGGGGACAACCCAACCAUUGUACAGGAAGGGUGCAGGUACAACAUCAUGCAUGUCGCUGCCAAAGAGAACCAGGCUUCUAUCUGCCAGCUGGCUUUGGAGACCCUGGAGAACCCUGAGUUCAUGCGGCUGAUGUACCCGGACGACGACGCGGGCAUGUUGGAGAAGCGCAUUCGCUACAUCGUCGACCUCUAUCUGAACACUCCUGACAAAAUGGGCUACGACACACCGUUGCAUUUUGCUUGUAAGUUUGGGAAUGCUGAUGUGGUCAACGUACUUUCUUCACACCCUUUGAUUGUGAAAAAUCCGAAGAAUAAAUAUGAUAAGACACCUGAAGAUGUAAUCUGUGAGAGAAGCAAGAAUAAGCCUGUCGAGCUGAGAGAGCGGAUCCGAGAGCAUUUACAGGGUCACUAUUACGUGCCACUUCUGAGAGCAGAGGACAGUUCUCCUGUCAUCGGGGAACUGUGGUCCUCAGACCAGACAGCUGAAGCCUCACCCACCAUCUGCCAUGGAGGUGGCCCGAGAGACCCCAUGCUGACCCUGAGAGCCUUUGCUGGGCCCCUGAGUCCCUCCAAGGCAGAAGAUUUUCGUAAACUCUGGAAAACCCCGCCUCGAGAGAAAGCAGGCUUCUUUCACCACGUCAGGAAAUCGGACCCAGAAAGAGGCUUUGAGAGAGUGGGAAGAGAACUAGCUCGUGAGCUGAGGUAUCCUUGGGCUGAGUACUGGGAAUUUCUGGGCUGUUUUGUUGAUCUGUCUUCCCAGGAGGGCCUACAGAGAUUAGAAGAGUAUCUUGCUCAGCAGGAAAUGGACCAGAAGGCUCAACCUGAAACAGGAGAGAAUGAAGCCUGCUGCCAAGACAACACUGCUGCCUCUGGCAGUGGGAGCAAGUGCAGCAAUUCCAUUUCCGUGGGGGCGUUUCUUGAUGAAGAAGAUGACAUGAGCUUGGAAGAAAUUAAAAAUCGGCAAAACACAGCUCGAAACAAUAGCCAGCUCACUACAGGCACUCCGGGAGACUUGGGGUGCUGCGUUCUGCCCUCAGAGCAGAAGGCCGACCUCAUAGAAGCCCCAGACAGGAGUGGGUUUUGUAGUCCUUUGAGUCACAGCAAGAGCCGGGGCGGGAUGAGACCGGCGCCCCCUGGUGGGGAGGACACCUUGCUCGCACCUGUCUCCAGCCUGACUGUUGAGUUUGACCAAAUGAGUUUGCAAGGUCUAGGAAGAAACUUUACUAAGACAUCAAAUAACAGUGUCAUGAAAACUAAAGAAAAGAAGACCCUGGCUUCAGGAAUGGAUGCAGGAGAUAGUGACCUGUUAGUGCCCCCUCCUGCUGUGGACAGACUUGGAAAUAACCAAGUAAGAGAAGCAAGUGAGAUGUCAGCUGCAAUGGCUACCGUGGCCUUGGGCCCCAGCAGCCCAGGACGUGAUGCCCAGCACAGGUGUGCUCCCGUAUCCGGGGCUGCCCCUGCCUCCAGUGCCACAAGGCUCUUCCUUUCUGGAGAGGAGCCAUCAAAACUAGAUCGGGAUGUUCUGGCAGCUCUCGAAUGUGCAGACAUUGACCCCCGUCAGUACCCAGCCGUGCACAGGUGGAGGAGUGCCGUCCUUUGCUACCCGCCCACAGACCGACAGAGUUGGCCGAGUCCUGCAUGGAAGGGCACAGUCUGCCCUCCCAGCUGCAGUCCAGGAAGAAGCAGCCCUGGGAAGCCCAGCCGCACCGCCUCCCCCAGCCACGGCAGCCCCGGGCGCUACAGCCCUGCCCACGGGGGCCACUUCCGCAGACUGGCACGUCUAGCCGAGCUCACAGCCCUGUAGGUCACUGCUCAUGGAGCUCCUUUGGGUCUUGGUUUUUAAAGAAAGAAGGGGAAUGUGUUUGUUGUUAAAUUUACACAAAAGAAUAUAUAUUCUAAUUUAAUCCUCUUUGUGGUAGCUUUAGUAAAUGCCAAUGUUCUACAUGAAACUAGAUUUCUGAUAUGAAACUUCCUGGACAAUGUCAAUGUAAUGCUCCAAGGUGUUAGUAACAGAGAGAAGGGAGUGGGUCUGUGCUCUGGAGGAGGGGAGCUGGCCGAACUGCCAUGAGGACGCUACAAAGAUGAGUGUGUCCCUGCGUUUUCCUGGGGAAGAGUCUGGUUUGUCGGUUGAUCUGAGUUUGGACAGAGUGAAGAGGCAGGCUGUAAGGAGCCUGAACCUCGAUCUCAGACUUGUACAGCACUUGUAAUUCGGGCCACUAAGAGCAUUGAACACUUUGAUCAGAAGACAAAAAGCAGCUUUUCUCUGAAAAAUCUCUAGCCUUUAGGAGUCACACAAACCCACCAGCAAUAUUUAAGAGAGUUAUUUUUCACCAGCACUUGAUCUCAGUUAUUAGCUGCCAGUGUAGGUAGCAAUAGUAAGCUAUUUGUAAAUCGUUCUCUUAUUUGGAAAUUACUCCAGGAUUCACUGAGCAUGAAAGAUGAUCUCCCAGGUCAGGUGACAAGUGUCUCCUGGACAUAGACCCGUCCCGGCCGGGUUUCCUUCAGAGACUGUGCAACAGUGCGGACAGCGGGGUCCCAGGUUAAAAGCCAUUCCAGUUCCUCCGUGAUGGGUUUAUCUCAGCGGUGCCCUGGGCUUUAGCCUCAAAGGGUCUGUGCAGCGGGAGGCGCAUCAGGAGCAGGGUCAGCUGCUCACACAGAUGGUGUCCGGUGAGCCUGUCCAGUGAUUAACCCAAAGUGAGAUUUCAUACCAAGGCUUCUGCUGACUUCAGUGCCUUCUAUAAGUCGUUUUUAGUUUCCCUGAACUUUUACUAAAUAGUGUAAGAGUCUUUACAUUUGUAAAACAGCUCCAUUGAAACUUGUGUAAAAACUUUAACAUGGUAAGAAACAGAUCAGGAAUAUUAAAGUCAAGAUUUAGAUUUUAAAACUGACUGUUCCCAGGAUAUUUUUAUUUGGGUAGCAGACAUCUAGAUAGAAGACAGAAAUAAUACAUUCUCUUCUAAAAGUAAUGGCAUUUUUAAAAGGCCUCUUUGUUCUCAGAAAGAAUCUCAGAAUGCAGGUUAAGUUUACACUGGUCUGUUUUUUUCCUAACAUAUACCAUAUUCUUCUGUAUAUUAUUGUAAAUAUUCAAAUGGAAAUUAAAAUCACAUUCUGUCCUAA